GUGGCACUGCUGAGAAAAGAAGGAUUCCUCGAUAUUCGUCUGCCAAUUUGAGACAAUUUUCUGUGAAGGAAAUUACCUGGAAAUACCAGAAAAGUUCAAUUAAUUAGUGCUUGUGUCCGGUUUUUUCGUUUUGUUGCCUGUGUUUCAUGUUGUUGGAUAAGAGCUGAGCAUUGGCCAGAGUUGAGCCGCAAUGGCUUACUCCUGUCCCCGAGACCUGGAUGGGUUUGCUCCGCUCCUGAGCAAGCCGGACACCCUGCUGAGGCAGCAGUUGGGCCAAGACCUGUUGAACUUCUUGGCCGAGCCGGCCAACCCCAUCAGCUGCGAAGACAUCGGUCAGUUUAUUGAGAGUCUUGUACCCUGGACCAACAACAGCAACUAUAAGGUUGCCAGCCUUGGAAUUGAGAUCCUGACCUUCCUGAUUGACCGAUUGGGCCACGAUUUCCGGCCGUACCUGCAGACGGUGCUGCCGGCCACGAUUGACCGUUUAGGCGACGCGAAGGACGCGGUGAGGGAAAAAUCGCAGCUGCUCAUUCUGAAGCUGCUCGAGCGCAAUGUGCUCACGCCCCAAACACUCUUCGAGAAGCUCACGCCCGGAUUUACGCACAAAAAUGCCAAAAUUCGCGAGGAAGUGCUGCGCUGUUUGGUCAACACUUUGAACGAACACGGAGCGCAUUCGCUCACCCUCAGCAAGUUCAUUCCAGACAUUGUAAGGUUGCUGUCCGAUCCGACAUCGUCAGUGAGAGACACUGCGUCCGCCACCCUGGUCGAUCUGUACAGACACGUUGGUGAAAAACUGAGGAUGGACAUCCAGAAGCGAAACCUGGUGCCGCAGGCCAAAUGGCAGCUUUUGUCCAGUCGGUUCGAUGAGGUGCGGAAUCGCGGCGAACUGCUGCCCACCGCCUCCAAGACAAUCGAGCCAAGCUUUGACGAAGUCGAUAGACUGCAACGAACCCCAGCACCAGUCAAGAUGAGCAGCGCUUCAACGGUCAAGUCGAAACCCAACUCCGCCAAUGCGAAUUCAGGUUUAAGACGAGUGGGCUCUAUCCGAACACUUUCCAAUCCAGCUUCAACUGGCGCCGUGGACGAGGAACUGUUUUUAAGAUCAUUUGAGGACGUGCCGAACAUGCAGAUCUUCUCCCCACGAGAUGUGACCGACACGAUGAAGACUAUUUAUGCCACGAUAUCGGACUCGAGCAAGGACUGGAACAAGCGAGUGGAGGCGCUGAAGAAAAUGCGCUCGCUUGUAAUGGCUGGUGCGACACACUACGAAGACUUCUAUGUGGAGCUGAAGCGAUUUGACAUUGCUCUGCAGGCCUCCAUCAAAGACUUGCGUUCCCAAGUGGUGCGUGAAACCUGCAUAACCAUUGCGUAUCUUUCGCAGACCCUCGAAGCCAAGUUUGAUAAAAUGGCAGAAAUGCUGUUGCAUCAUCUGAUUAUGCUGAUUCAAAACUCCGCGAAGAUCAUGGCCACAUCAGGCGAGGUGGCCGUCAAGUUCAUCAUCAAGCACAUCCCGAAUCCGCGGUUGAUUCCCAUCAUCACCAACAACGCAACAACUUCCAAAAGUAAAGAGAUUCGAAGGGCCUGUUGCGAGUUUAUCGAAUCAAUGCUGGCGCUUUGGCCCAGCCACUCGUUGGAGCGGCAUGUUGUUCUCUUGCAGGAAGCAAUCAAGAAGGGCGUGGCCGAUGCCGACCCUGAAGCCCGAGUCUUGUCCCGAAAAGCGUUUCAUCGUCUGCGGGAUCAUUUUCCUGAUCACGCAGAAUCGCUGCUUCAGUCACUGGAGCCGAGUUACCGUCGAGCGCUGCAAGGAGGCGAAACCAUGUCCUCAAGUUGCUCGAACAGCAACUUGAAUAGCUGCUUUAAGAGCUCCCGGAUGUACGCGAAGCCCACAGGGGUGCAAAGCGCUUCAGGCAGCACGGAAAAUCUGGCUAGCACUGGUGGUGGCCUUCAUAGGGCGCCGUCGCUGCCGCGCAGCUACAGGCAGCGCAGCGGAAUCCCAGUUUUGUCUAGAGCUGACAAUACGCCUGGUAGGAAUGGGUUUAGGAGCAAUUCGGCAAUUGAUCUCCAGGCAGCACAGCGAGCUAAAGCGCGGGCACAGUACUCGGCAAUGGCGAGGAACAAAAUUCAGUCGGGCACCGCCAGUCUUCAGGGGGAGGUUUUCCAGUCAGCUCGGCCUAAGCGGACGGUCGAAACGUUAGUCAACCCGUCUCCUGAACGCGUCAGUCGGACCAGAAACCGAAACUCCCAGUCGCAGCCGACGAGUCGUUCAGGUUCGCCUAGUUCUCGGCUGGCUUAUCUGUACAACCGGUCAACAGACCACGAUUCGCCCAGACCGCGACGAACAUCUUCAGGAAUUCCCCGAUCCAGCCAAGGGUCUCGAGAUACGUCGCGGGAAACGAGCCCGAACAGGAGCACUGGAAUAUCGCGGUUUAGGAGAGGCGCUGACAGGCCGCCCCUCAGUCCCGCGUCCAGGCCCGUGCUGGCGCAAAAGAUCCUGCAACAAAGCCGCGAAGCCGAAAACGCCCUGGCCGACGCUUUUAAUGAUUCGAGCGAAAGCCAGUACCGCGCCGCAGGCAGGAAGUCGAUGCGAUCCAUCGACAACCAUUCCGACGAGUCGGAGACCUCGAGUAUCUGCUCGGAGAGAUCGUUCGACUCUUACAAGAGGCAAUCCGAUUCGUACUCCUGGAGCGGUUCCCAACAGCGGCUGACCAGCAGGGAUUUGUGGGAACCGUGUCGGGAUAUCAACGAAAUUAUCGUGCUAUGCGCCAGCACUACUUGGCAGGAGCGUCGCGACGGACUGUUGUCCCUUCAAAGCUACCUGGCCCAAGACGUGAAACUUACCGACGGCGAGCUAAAGCAUCUCACCGAGAUUUUUGCCAAAAUGUUCACGGAUGCUCACACCAAAGGCAUGGCCCUAUUUUUGGACACGCUUCAGGAAGUGAUCAAAAUGCAUAAGGAUGACUUGGAGUACUGGAUCUAUGUGCUGCUGCAACGCGUUUUCAUGAAGAUUGGAGGUGAAACGUUGAACUCGAUCGCUAGCAAGCUGAUCAGCACGCUGGAACUGGUGCGAGUCUGUUUCGGUGUGGACCAGCUCAUUCCCAACGUGUACCGCUUUUUGCUGGACGCCACCCAGACACCGAACGUGAAGUCGAAGACGGUGAUGCUGAACUUUUUGACGUCGCUCUGCAGCCAACCGGACGCUGCGGCCGCCAUUGUGGCCCCUUCAAACGCGCUGCAGGCGCUGCAGAAGAUCAUCGCUCACUCGCAAGAUGCCAAGUCGAUGGAGAUUCGACAGGCAGCUAAAGUGUGCAUCGUUGCCCUGUGGAACUGCGACACCGCGGCUGUUACGCUCCUGCUGACUGAACUACCAAAAGAACAACAAGAUAUCGCUUCCAACAUUGUACAUAAUCACAUGCGGAAAACGUCGACUGGAAGUGAGCCCGGAAGUCCGAUGGUGCCGAGCAGCCCCAAGCCGCCGCAGUCGCCCAGCACUCCACCUUUCGGCGAUCAAGAGGAGGUGUAUAAGAGUCUGCGGCGCACUACGGCCGAGAUUCAGAACUACAGUUUUGAGACUCUGGGGCCGAAGCUGGACGGUGACCGGGACACGACGUCUCAAGACUCUGGCAUCUCGCAGAUGUCGGCCGGCAACGACAUGAGGAACGACAUUGCCGCUAUUGAGGAGAAAAUGGAGGAUUUAAACAGCAGACAGUUUGGCCUGCAGUCAGGAUCGCGGUCGUUGCCCUUCGCCGGUCUUAAUGGCAUUUCCGAGACUGACUCGAAUGGAUGCAGGAGCUUAGGAGACAUUAAGGACUCAGACGCAGUGGUACGGGACGUGAUAGAGCGGUGUUGUAUAGAUCAUACCACUUCCGUGGCGGACAAGCGGAAACUCCUCACGCAGGUUCUGGACCUUGUCCACCAGGGGCAUGUUCAGGGCGUGAUGGAAAACUUCAAGAAACUGUUACGAAUAUUUAUCGAUCAUCUGGCGGCUGGUGAUACCCAGAACCGAAUUCUGUCCCUCAAGAUUAUCGCAGCUAUCUUCCAAAAUAGCAGUUUGAAAUGCGUAUGGGAGAAGUAUGUGGAGCUGAUCACACUGAAGGUGCUGAACGCGCACAGCGACGAGAAACGGGAGGUGAUCAAAGAGGCUGAAACGACAGCGGCUGCGAUGGCUCGCUGUGUGAGUCCCUUUGACACUGUCGUUUACACACUGGCACCCCUGAUUCGCACAAGUCCCUAUCCUGAGGACUUGGGUGCUUUAAAGAUGUUGACCAAGUUGGUUGAGGCUAAUCCCGAACAGAUCACUGAUCAACACCUUAAGGAAAUCAUGCCAGGGAUUCUGAAGGGUACGGACCAUAACGAGAGCCCAGUGAGGAAAAGUUCCAUUUUCUGCAUGGUGGCCUUAUAUAAGGCGGUCGGCGAGGAGCGACUGGCCGACUACAUCAGCGGCCUGACCGGUAGCAAAGUGCGCCUGCUUCGCCUGUACAUCACCAGAGCGGAGCAGCAAACCACCCCAAACGAUACCCCCAAGAAUGCCUCCUGAUAAAAAAAUCUCCGGCCCUUCAGUCAGUGAAUGAAGCAUAUAAGAUUGUUCUUUUCAGCUAGAACAAUUUUGUUUCUAAAACGUCGCCUUGGGUGUACAUAUUUUUGCAGAUACUGUGAGUAGUUUGUUUAAGGAAUACUUCUCCGCCUCAUUUAUGUUGGUUUAUUAACCUAAUGCGUGUAUGUGCAUGUCUUCAAAAGUCCUUUAAAGUGGCUGUCGUGAAAAAAAUGUGAAGAAAAACUUGUUGCUCGUUUAAAAGUUAACUAUUUAUAAAGCAUUUCUCGAAUAACUAAAGUGGGCAAAGCGCGCGGCCGCCCUCUAGAGUCUGAAGCUGUCCAAUUCUGUGGCCACCUUGAGACAUAAAGCCCCGAAGCUUGAAAACGAUUUUUGUCUGCCAAAUAUCACGUGCUAUAUUAAUUGUUUUUUAUUAAAUAUGUAUAUACUUAAGCUGUUUAUAAUAUUUAAUACAAUUAGUGUUCCAUUACUGAUAAGAGCUUGCACUAAUGUUAUAUUUUGCUCAUUUUUAAUUAAACCCAUCACUACUAUUAGUCACUUUAAAAUAAAACAGAAAAAAGG